AUGUCUAAGAAAAUAGAGAAACCAAAGGCAUCCCAAAUCGCUACAAAAAAGAGACAAAGUGGAAACACUAUAAUAACAAGUGACACCAAAAUGGAAGGACAAAAACAAGACAGCGGCAUCGUAACAGAAGCAAGGAAACUAGUGGAAGAACUAUUUGAAUCGUGCAAAGAAGCUGGGAACAUGAAGACAUCCUGCAAAGAAAACAUACUCCGAAUAGCCCAAAAACUGCUGGGAAUGUUAGAGGCACAAGACAUGAACAUGCAAAUAAUAAUCAAUGGCAUCAGAAGAAUGGAACAAGAAUUACAAACAAAAACUGAAAAUGCAAUAAAAACUAUGACAGACAAACUAACAGAAGAGAUGGAAAAAACACAAAAGCAAAUAAUAGAAAGUAAUACACAGAUGCAAAACAAAAUAGAACAAAGUAUAAACUUAGAAAAAUCAUAUGCAGAAGUAGUAACAAGUACAGUACAAAAACCAAAAACAAACACAACAGACAGACAGACUUACAAUUUCGCUAUUGGAACAAAAAACACAACAAAUACAAGUACCGAUGUCAUUGAAGAAAUCCGAGCAUCA